AUGGAAGGUGUUCAGACUGUGGACGUGAGCUGGCUUCAUCAUUCACAAAAAGACCAUUUAUCUCGUACAAAGUCAGUAUCAGCGAGCGAUAAACCCGGUGACAAGCCUGGCGCCGAGUCAGAACCACCGACCUCUCAACCUAAGUCGCAUCGGAGAUCCCGUUCUAACAGCAACCCGGCACGCCCAACACCGCCCCCCUCCACAGAACCGAAGCAAGCUCCCCAAAAUGACGCACCCCCAGUUCAAGCAAAACCAACACCAGUGGAGAAAAUCGAGGAGCAAAAACCAUCUACGCCAUCCCCCAAGCCCAUCGGCCGACGAAACUCGUGGAUUAGUAGUCUAAGCUCGAAGUUUUCCUCUGGAUCUACCCCGCCGUCGCAAUCUAGCCUCAAGGCCAGUCCCGCGAGUCCAAAAGCAACCUCGCCCCUCGAUGGGCAUAACCCAUUCGGCGCCGCCUAUUCCCCGAAGGACAAGGAGGAAGAGAAGAAAGACGAUUCCAAUCCUUUUACUUCGUCAUCGCCCAAGGGGCCUUCGUUCAUUCACAAUGCACUACGCAAGUUCUCGUCCAACUCGGGUGGGUUGCCCAAGUUAAAUCCCAAUGGCUCGAUCUGUCCACGUCGCGUGAUGAACAUCGACCAAAAUCGGCAUCGAUGCAAGAUUGCGGACUUGAACCAGGCCAAACUCAACCGUGUCGCGUUCUGUGUGGAUGUUGAAAUCGCCGGUAUCUCGCAUCGAGAUGAUGACGAGGAGGCCCCUCCGACGAAUCAAUUACGGCACCGUCUACCUGAGUCUAAUAAGAAGGCUGAUCUCAAAUUAAAGGAACAAGACGAAGCUGGAGCUUUGAAGCAUCCCCAGGCUACAUUGGCUGAGAAGGAUAGCGCGUCUGUGCCCCCCGCUCCCGUUUCUGCUCCGGUUCCUGCCCCGGUCAGUGGUGUUGCGAAGGUCCAAUCUAGCUCUCCCCCAACAAGCACCAGCAGCAAGCCAUCUACUGACCCCGCUCCCAGCGGGGAAGUGGCUGAUCCAACAAGGAAGCAAGAGAAGAAAAAAAGGUCUGAGGCAGAGCGAAAAGAACGGAAAGAGAGAAAGCGAAGACAAGCAGUGGCGAAUGGUUCGGUUCCAUUGCAACUCGACGCAGAGAAUGACGAAGAGUAUUCCCGAGGUCCAGCACCAACACCAGGUGCCGCUCGGCCUAAAACGCAAAGUCACCCAACAACCGAUCCAGUGCGUAUAUAUCGCCGUUGUUGCCAGCUACGUGAGACGCCUGUUCUCAAGAGAGUGGUUGAUGAGAUCUCCAAACCUUCAUCAACACUGGCCGAAUCACCCGGCACAGUAGCGGCUUUGGAUCUGAGUAAUUUUCCGAUGACCUCACAGGACUUGACAACAUUCAGCGAUUGGCUCGCGGUCGUCCCAGUUCGUAAACUCAUACUUGAAAACUGUGCAUUGACGGAUAUCUCCGUGCGAGCCAUCCUUUCAGCCCUACUUGCUACCAAGACGGUAGAACAGAUGCGCUAUCGACGAAGACGGUCGCGAAGACCGGAAUUUCCAGACUCCAAUGACCAUGAACGAUAUGGUGUUGUGGAAAAGCUUUCUCUAAAAGACAAUCUAAAGAUCGGACGGGAAGGAUGGCGCCACAUCAGCCUUUUCAUUCACCUCUCGAAAUCCUUGAACGCUAUCGAUUUGUCGGGUAUUCCUUUCCCUCAAGGCCAGGUUGCGAUCGACGGUUCUGGGACAACGGGCCAACCCCAGUCGCCUAUGGCCGAUGUGAGCAUUAUCUUCGCAAGUGCCCUGGCAGAGCGCUUUGCUGGGGAUCAUCUCGAAGAACUGCUCAUGAGUGAGUGUUCUCCUUCAGUCGAAGCUGUAAAGCAAAUCUGCCAGGCGAGCACCAAAUUGGGUCUGCGAAGGCUUGGCUUCGCGAACAAUGGCCUGACGAGAGAGGGUCUGGAGCAUGUGGUUGAAUAUCUCAAAGCCGGACAGUGCGAAGGACUGGAUCUAGGUGGCAACGCUAUAAAGGAUGAUCUCGAUCUUAUCACAGACGCGAUUGAACCUGAAACACCGCUAUAUGCGCUGAGUCUGGCCGAUUGCUCCCUCAAUCCGUCGGUGAUUUAUCCGUUGCUCCAAUCGCUUGCGCAGAUUCAUAAUCUCCGGUUCAUCGAUUUCUCUCACAAUCGCGAGUUAUUCUCGUCGCAGCCUAACGCGUUGGGGGCUUUCCGUCGCUUCCUGCCGAAAAUGCCCUCUCUGAAGCGUUUUCAUCUCGCUGAUGUCACCUUGUCGCCGGAUCAUGUCAUUGGUCUUGCCGAGGUGUUGCCGGAGUGCCCCAGUCUGUGUCAUCUGAAUAUUCUGGAGAAUCAACAGAUUGUGGAUCUAGCGUCUACCACAGACCCCGUUGCUCAGGAAGAAGCCUGUGCUGUGUAUGCAUCUAUGAUGGCAGCUGUCCGUGUGUCAAGGACAAUCAUUGCAGUUGACAUCGACGUUCCUAGCGCAGAAAACAACGAAGUUGUCAAGGCUCUAGGAUCACAGAUUGUGGCUUACUCGCUGCGGAAUCUUGAAGGCGGCGCCAUUGUAGAAGAGCUCUCUGGCUCUACUUCCCCACUUGUGGAUGUCCCUGUGCCAGACAUUCUACAGCAUAUUGUCGGACACUCUGUUGUUUCCGAAGAGCCUUACGACGAGGAAGAUGAGGGCGCCCCCGACGAGGAUUAUGUUAUUGGCGGCACAGGUGUUGUCAAAGCAUUGGGUGUUUGUCUCGGGAAUUUGGACCAGCAUGGUCUCGAUGUUCUCGGGGAGCACUCUUUACCAGCCAGCGGUACCACAACACCCCGUCGCCGUAAGUCUCGAGGUGUCCCCACCAAGCGGCCUCGCGACAUGUCGAAGAAUUUGCUGGAAUCCGCGCGCAAUAUCAGAGUCCGGAUUCAGUCAGCUCUUAUUCGCGAAGAUCGUGCUGGUAAUGACGCGAAUUACCGCCGCCUGCAAUUUUUGGACAUGACCUUGCAUAAGAUGAUCCAGCGCUUUGAGGAUGAGUACCCAGAAACUCGUAUCAUUCCACAACUCCCACCCGCUCUUCCAAUCCCCGAUACCAUUUCUCAGCACUCUGGUGAUGACGAUGGAAGCGGCUCGAUCGCCGCUGGCGGUAAUCUGAACAGCAGUCAGCUUGACGAGACUGGCGGCGACGAGGAAGAUACCGACCAAUAUGCCGUCCGCCUUUCUCGUACCAGCUCUAUGACUUCCCUUCACUCUCGGGCCAUGACAUCCCAAGAAGGACACAUCCACCGCAUCGGCCAGAACCUCCGGCGUGACUUCCUCAAACCGUCUCUAGUUCCUGGUGACGGCGACGAAGAUUUCGACUACGACGACGAUAGCUCGCACAUUGCUGCUCUCCGGCAAAAACUAGACCUUCUGCAUGACGAGCAGUCUCUGUGUCAAUUCGAUGACUUUGACGCCGACAUGGCCUUUAACCAUCUUGGGACCACCGUCGAUGAACUGUAUGAUUCUCAGCAGCAAGACGCCGAAGGAUUCGAGCGCUUCAAGCAGUCCCAGAUCGCUGCCCAUAUCAACAGUGGUAUUCCUGCCAGGACUGGCUCCGAGGAAUCAGAGAGCAAGUCCCCAUCUUAA